AGACGUGCUUAAACAAUGUUCUAAAGAUUACCCGUUAGAUUAUUUACACGAAUUCUCGGUCAAAUAUAUACAAAUGAAAAACAUGUUCAGAACCAUUUUCGAGGAGUCCACAGAUAUUUUUAACGAGAAAAAUUCCACGGCAAUUGCCGACUACGUGAUGGAACGUCACGGAAAGGAGUUCGCGUACUUCCAGGAUGUUCAUCUGCUGCACAUGGACAACGUGGCGAUUAAAUCGCUCUCUUUUGAUCGGGAAUCCGGUCGCACGUUAAUUUCGCACGAUUUCGACUUGCUGGAGAUCCAGGGAUUGAUGACCUUCGUGUUUCCCGAGCACCACCAGUACCCGUUCGUUCUGGAACUGCACCACGGCACACUGAACGGAUCGCACCUAGUGCAGUACCCACACUACAACGUCAGCAUGAAAUCGGAACUAAUGAGAGCCACCGGCGACGGGUCCAUGGACCGUUUUCUCGGCAUUCUCAAAGCCUACGCGGAGGAGUACGUCGUCAACGCCGUGUUAUUUGGCAAAGUGGCCGAAUCGUUCCGCACCGGUUUCGCUAGAUUGCUGAACGAAGAGCUGCGCACUGCGUUGACCUUCAUCCCGAAUGAUCUUGGCGAAAAAGACCGGUUGACCGCCAAGUGCUCGAGCAACACGAGUUUAAUCAGUUUUAUACACGUGGACUUCAGUCAGCUAAAAGAUCAGUUGAACAACAAGUCGGUGAAAUACGUGGAUUUCGAGAACAGGGUCGACCAUUUCGUCACGGGAUUCCGAAUCGACUUCGGCGAAGUGCAUCUGACGAGCGACAUGACUGUUAGAUUUGUUAACGGAUUUUCGCAAGCGGCCACCAAAGUGCACCUGGACGUGGAUCGCAUCGAUAUCAACAUCAGGUACGAUUCGAAACACAGUCCCCGGUACCAGUUCAACGUGAAUAUCGAUGGGUUGCACUUCAAAACGAACAAUCAGUUCAACAAGGACGUCAAGAACGAGAUCAGUGACAGGCUGCCGUUGUGCAUCGGCAAAUGCAUAGCGAAAACAAUAGAACGAUCGAUCCACAUUCGCGAGAAACACGGCUUGCCCGAGGUUGAAACGACCACGGAUCCUACGGACCUGUUUUCAUUGUAAGUCAGCGCAUUCAAAAACCGUUAGUGUGAUAUCGAAACGAUAUCGAGUAGAGGUAAUCGAAACAGUAUUCAAAUUUAGUGUUGUAGUUAAGUGUUGCAGUUACGGACCAGCCGAUUUGUAUCGUUGGUCCGCGUAGGCCUCAUGCAAUAAACCUGAUUGUAACGCGUAGCACGUUCGAUCGAUAACAAUAGGACCUAUGACUUGAAUCAGAUAGAUUUUAAUGUUGUAUACGCAUAGUAAUAUAAUUAUUGUUCUAACAUCAUAUCCAUAAUUCAUUUCCAUUUUAAAGUUGUAAAUGUAUUUGUUCCGCUCAAACUCGUUUUACUGUCAAAUUAUUAUCAUAUAUUUUGUUCGUACCGACAGACAACUUUCAGACGUUUAAAACGCUCUGUAUAUCAUGUUAUACAUACAGAAAGGUUUAUUUUGUAAUUUUUUUUUUUUUAUUCCC